AUGUCGUUCACUAUGGUAUGUCAAACUCCUGCCCGGUUCCUUUACUCAGAGAUCCAUUCUCUCUCGGACGAUGAUGAGAACGGCAGCGAAAGUUCCGGGUCCGACGACAAAUCCUUCCAUAUGGGUUCUCAAGGCAUAGGGGGCCUCAAAAUGGGCUCUCGGAAGAGGAAAUUCAACUGCCGGCCGGGUCCGACCACGGAGCUUCGAACCCAGGUCACGGAGGUACGUCAGAGGAACGCUGCGAACGCUCGAGAGAGGGACCGCACCAAUAGCGUCAACAAGGCCUUCACAGCCCUUCGGACGCUCAUCCCAACCGAGCCAGCCGACAGGAAGCUGUCAAAGAUCGAGACGUUACGACUGGCCUCCAGCUACAUCUCUCACCUGGAAAACGUGCUGCUGGUCGGGGAGGCAUGCGGAGACGGUCAGCCGUGCCACAGAACCUCCUCCUCCUCCGGCUCCAUCUACCACCAUCACCAGCACCCCCACAAAAGCUCACUUAAUCAGGACUCAGAAAACACCCAGCCCAGACAGAUCUGCACCUUCUGCCUCAGCAACCAGAGGAGACUGAACAAAGACAGAGAGAGAAAAACAGCCCUGAGAAGUUAA